CUCCGAUUUAAAUUUGUUGAAUCACUUCUUUAAGUCUGCACGUUUUCUUUUCUUAUCCUUUGCGAAUCAGUUAUCGUUAUUCAAUCAAUCGUUGCCCAUCUGCCAUUUGCGAAUCCGACAGCUCGCAGCUCACAAAGCGUUAAAGUCGCGCCUCCGUCUUGCGCUUUGUUUAGCGACUAAAUAAAUAUCAUAUCUUGAUUGCCGGAGCGAGGGGCAUGUAAUUCUGCACCUCCGUGGAGCUUACAAAGCGUGCUCCGAGUUUGGGAGUGACGAUCAGACGAAUUCCAACCGCUCGGGCGACAACAUGUGGCUGGUGCGGAUCUUGCAUUUGUUAGGCACAAUGGCCCUAUUUCCAUUAUUGGGUUACUUUGGAGAAAGUGUUGGUGGGAGUGAUCUCAGCUAUGCGGAUUUUUACGGCAAUGCCAGUGCCAGAAUGCUUCGAUUCCGCGACUUUGAGCCACGUCAGCCAAGUGAAAGAAUGGAUAUGGAAUUUAGUUUGGCGGAAAAUGAAAAUCCCGGACUAGAACGGGAGGGACGAGGUUUCCAUUUCCAUGCCAGCGGCGAGGAUGUCAGUGUGGAACUGGAGUUCAUCGUACCGUUCCUCAAAAUACCUGUGAAAAGGAGCAUGAACCUGGCCCGUGAUGCUAUCCAGAAUGUCCUUAACUUACGAACUGGAGCCAUAAUAAACACAGCCGUUGUGGUGGCUGCAGGAGCAGUGAUUGCAGCAGUAGUACGACUACUCAUAGCCCCUCUUGUAUUCACUUCUUUGGGCAAUGGUUAUGGCUACAAAUCCGAUCCAGAAAGAGGCAUGCGCCGACUGACUGAUGUGGUGGAAUCACAAUUGGAGGAACACAACAUCGACAUGUCUGUUUGUGUGCAGCGGAUGAUCUGCCAGUACCUGCAAAAGAAUCUGUCUUCUGGAUAUGCCAGGGCUCUAAACGUGUUGACCAGUCCUCCCUGGAUUCAUCCUUUUGUUGAUGGAACUGCAGUUUUCCAUGCCAUUCAAUCCUCAAGAAGCAGUCGCAGCUGUACCCACACUUAUCAAAGCUGUCGAUGGCCGAAUUAUUUAAACAAGAAGUCUGGAAGCUUACCCCAAGUCCUCAAGUUUUUUAAUGGAUAACUACCAUAAACACUAUCUUAAAUACGAUUAACAUUACUUAUUUAUU